AUGCCCGCAGCUCAGCUUACUCCAGAUGAAGCAAAUUUAGCAAGGUUAGGGUAUAAGCAAGAGUUUAAGCGGGCGUUUACCAUGUUCGAAACCUUCGGGGUUGAUUUCUCGACCAUUGGACUGUUCCCGAGUAUUGCUUCUGUCUUGAUAUACGCAAUCCCGAAUGGUGGCGCGGUGGCAAUGGUGUGGGGUUGGUUGACCGCUUCGGCGUUCAUCCUGACGAUAGGGUUGGCCAUGGCUGAGUUAGCGAGCGCCGCUCCCACCUCUGGUGGGCUUUAUUUCUGGGCGCAUCAUUACGCUCCUCCUGGAUGGAAGAACGUGCUUGCUUGGGUUGUUGGCUAUGCCAAUACCAUUGGUUCCAUAGCCUCCGUCGCCUCGAUCGACUGGGGUUGUGCUGUCCAGAUUAUGGCAGCUGCUACAAUCAGUUCGCAUGACUUAUCAUUCUCCCCAACGAUAGGCCAGACUUUUGCUCUGUAUGUUGCCGUCAUUAUCUCACAUGCAGUUAUUUGCUGUCUCGGAACCGCCGUCCUCGCACGUCUACAAAAUAUCUACACAAUCCUUCACUUGGCUCUUUGUUUAGCAGUCAUGAUUGUCAUUCCUGUUGCGACUCCAAAAGUGUAUCGCAACAGCGCAUCCUACGCUUUAGGAAACUUCACGAAUCUGAACGGCUGGCCGAGUGGCUUUGCCUUCUUCCUAUCAUGGGUGUCGCCUGUCUGGACCAUUUGUUCCUUCGACGCCAGUGUGCACAUUAGCGAAGAAGCUGUAAAUGCGGCAACCACCGUGCCGUGGGCUAUCGUCCUCGCCACCGGCACAAGUGGUGUCUUGGGCACGGCAGUACUUAUGGUGCUCAGCUUCUACAUGGGUAAGGACAUGCAAUCCAUUGUCAACAACCCGAUUGGCCAACCAAUGGCCACCAUCCUGUUUAACUCGAUGGGGAAGAGGGCCACACUUGCUCUGUGGGCAAUCGUGGUCGUUGCACAGUAUAUGAUGGGAAGUAGCAUGCUUUUAGCUUCUUCACGUCAAACUUUCGCGUUCUCUCGGGACGGUGCUCUUCCCUUCUCAAAGUACCUAUACCGAGUGAACUCGUUCACCAAGACUCCAGUAAACACUGUCUGGUUCUCGGCUCUUGGGGCUGCUCUUCUUGGACUGCUUUCAUUUGCGGGUCCUGCAGCCAUCGGUGCCGUCUUUUCUGCAUCUAUAAUCGAGCUCUAUGUGGCCUAUUCUAUCCCAAUCAUCUGCCGCUUCGCCUUUAGUGCUAAUGAGUUCGAACCAGGCCCAUUCCACCUAGGUCAUUGGGGCCUUCCAAUAGCUGUAAUAGCUGUGCUUUUCAUGAUAUUUACCAGCACGGUCUUUCUUUUCCCAAGUGCGCCACGGACGAAUGCCGCGGACAUGAAUUACUCUGUUGUCGUGACUGGAGGCACCUUGUUACUUUCUCUCCUGUGGUACUAUUUUCCUCGAUACGGUGGCGUGAAUUGGUUCAAAGGACCAGUACCUACCGCCACUCCAGAAUAUGCUAAUGGUGGAGAGGAAUUACAGCACAUGGCCCACCUACCGGUGCAGUUGAACAUUUAA